UUUUCUUGAAUUCGGAGACAUUAUAUCUGCAGUUUAUUGUAGGUGUUUUUUGUUUUGUAACUUAAUGGUCUAAAUCCCCCUAAAACUCUCUCCAUUUCAGGUUUGAAAUCUCUCAUUUAACUUUGAAGGUAGUCGUUUCCACUUCCGUUUCCCCGCCGUGCUCUUCCUGUGCAGCGCCCCCUGCCGGCCGGUGCUUUGACGUGUCCACUCAUCGUUUCAGACGGGCUGCAGCGGCUGGAGGGCACAGCGACCAGCGGAGACUCGGAACCCACCGGAGCGCGUAACGGUCAGACAGAGGCUUGUUUUCCGAUCGAUAGAUGACAGCAGGCAGACCUCAGCAGGAUCACGGCUGUCCACGGGGAAGCGGGACUCUCAUCUGUGGCUGGAAACACUCCACAACGCCAUGAAUCCGGUUCCAUUCGCUUUCGUUUACAUGCAGCACGCAGCUCGCAGCGUUUGAAUUAAACUUCAGGGUAAAAGGAGCCGAUCUGCUCUGACUGGCAGUCCUGAUAUUUCCACCUGGACUUGGUGAUAUGAGAGGCUCCCGGAGGCGGUGAUGGAGCUCCAGGGCUUGAGCUGGCUGUGUCUGGUGGGUCUGUUCUUCGCCUCGGUGCUCAUUGUGCUCAGAUGGCUGGUCCAGUACUGGGCGACUGUGGCGCGUCUGUGGAGAUCCAGGAAGACGGCCAAGGGCGCGCAGAGAGACGCGGCCCGGCGGCUGCAGCCCCCUCAGAGCCGGGCUGGAGGCGUGUGGGGCUUCCUGCUCAGCCUCCGCUCUGCCAGGGAUGGAGGAGACGCGUCCGAAGCUGGAGUUAAGGGCUUGUUGAGCUCCCUGCUGUCGUUCAAGUCCUUCAGGGAGCACUGGCAGAGGACCUGGGUGAAGGCGCUGAACGAGCAAGCCUGCAGACACGGGAGCUCCCUCCAGAUAACUUUUGACAGCGGUCUCCAGCUAACCGCUUCCUCUGCAAUAGAUAGUGUGAGCUGCACUGACCCAUCAACAAGCCAAAUGGUUUUACACUGCAAAUGUCGAGUAGACACCCUGACAUUUCCCGUGACGGUCACCCAGCAGUCACCGGCUGCCGUCUCCAUGGACACCUAUCAGAUCACUACAGCACCAAUGGUGGCAAAGGUGGUGGUGCGCCUAGAGGAGGUGCAGGAUGAGGGUCUGCUUAUAUCCUGGACUCUCUCUAAGCAGCCGUCAUUUUCUCUGUCUGUGUCCCCGUGCAAACUGCAGAGACAGGGCUCUGAUGGCGGGGCAGACCUGGACACGAUCAGAGGAAUGAUAGAGGACACACUUUUCAGCACUCAGCCAGCCAUGGUCCUCAACCUCAAGACAUGUGCAUCCAGCCCUUCGUCCCCGACGGACCAUCUCUCAGUGGGAUUUAACUCGGCAGCCCAGAUUGUGUUGGUGAGACGGCUCUUCCUCAGGCAGCUCAGGGUGACUUUAAAUAAAGGCCCGUGGUCCGGAUCGGGGGAGUUGUGCUGCGUCCUGAGCCUGGACCAACCCUCUACAGAGAGGAAAACCCACUUCCUGUCCGUGCCCACUGACCCCGACGCCGCCCUCCAGUGGAGUGAAGAAAUCGCUCUAGAGCUGGGCCCAGAGACCAAAGAGCUCAGAAUAAGACUUCUGGAGCGCAGCGGGGCGAGAGAGAAAUUUGUUCCGGGUCACGCCUCCGUCGCCUUGAACGUCCAAAGCAAAAUUCCAACUGGGCACAAAGUCCUGUCCAUAGGCCCCGGCCUGGGCCUGGCUCCAAACGCUACCAUCACGACAGAGUUUUCCCGUCGUCACGAAGAGGUGCAUGUUGAGUCGCUCUCACUCUUCCAGCUGCUGUACGUGGAAAGCCAGGAGCCUCGCAGUCCUUUCAACACCUUGCCGCUUCGCUCCUCGCUCACCCCAACCAAGAAAGUGGACGUCGACCGAACCGUCAUGCCGGACGGAACCAUCGUCACCACGGUCACGACCGUUCAGUCCCGACUCAAACUGGACCGCAGCCCGGGUGACUCCCCCCUGCGUUCCCCAUCCAAAGUGGAGUUGACUGAGAAGAAAGCCACCGUCCAGUCUGACAGCCGAGGCAGCAGCAGCCCCAACCCCAGCAAGAGCAGCCGCCUCUCUAAUGGCCUGGAUCCUGUUGCAGAGACAGCCAUCCGGCAGCUGACGGAGUCUGCAUCCAAAGCCGCGCGGAAGACCCCAACUAAGAGGAGCACGCUUAUCAUCUCUGGUGUGUCAAAGGUUCCACUCACAGAGGAUAACUGUGCGUUAUCCAGCAGCUACGCGGCGGCCAUGGACGCAGCCAUGCACGGCAACCACUACAGGACGGGCCAUCACCAGGACCCAGACGAAACCACACCCUCAGACGUGUCCGAGCGUCCAUCUGUGGACGAUGUGGAGUCAGAUACGGGUUCCGCAGGUGCCUUGGAAACCCGCAGUCUCAAGGACCAUAAGGUGGGCUUCCUACAGAGCGGCACAAAGCUGCUGUUCCGCAGGAGGCAUCGAGAGAAGGAGUCCUGCCUCAGCCAGUCCCACGAGGACAUCUCCAACAUUGGCAACAACUUCACGGCUGCCGCUCCGAACAUCAGCCGUAAAAAGUCUGGCAGCUUCUCCCGGCGUAUCAUCAAGCGCUUUUCUUUCCGCUCGUCAGGCAAAUCAAAGGGCAAAGCCGCCUCUUCCAACGGAGGAGCGAGCUCUGUGGAUAACUGAUUGUCACCGCUCGGCACUUUGCUCCGAGGCCUCAUCUAUCACGGUUGAAGCCACCAAUAAACUCGAGUUUGUUCUUAGACAAGCUCAACGUCUCAAGUUCACAGUAACCUGUACUUCCUGGUGGGAGGGCACCUCUGCGAGGGCUCCCCUUCCGGAAGCAACGUCGAUGCACCUUCAGGACAAAAAUCAUGUGUGAUGAUGUAAUUGACUCUGUGGUGAGAUGAAGAAAUUCCUCUUCUCUGAGGAGAAAUCUGCUGCUCUGUGAGAAGAAGGGAAAUUUUUUGAGUCGAAAUUCAACCACAGCCUUCAAACAAGACUGCUGGUGGAGAUCACUUUAAUUAAUUUGCGAUAUAAAAUGAGUGUGACACUACUGAUUGCACUUUGGGCAAAUGAUUUUUUUUAAUGGCACAUAUACGAUUUUGUUGGUUGUAAAAAGAUAAUUUAUUUCUAUGUAAGACUCCUGAAAUGUGCUAUUUAUUUUUACUUUGCCAAAACAAGUCAUCCUAGUUGCAUUACACUUUAAAAACAGGGGCAAUGCUGUGUGUUUUUCCAUGCAAAUGUAAUUUAAGAAAUAAUUUAAGUAAGUUAACGAAUCUCUGGCUCAGUCGAGCUGUACUGUGCAUUCAUUAUUGUUUAUAAAUGGUUAUUUUGAAUGUUUUAUCUUCUAUAAAAAUCAGAAAAGAUUUUAUAUUUAUUGUAAUUUUGUGGAACAUCAUGAGUUGUGUUUGCUUUUGAUAAUGCAGUCAGCCAUCAACAAGUAAAAAAAAUCUCAGAGUAUUGAGAUUAGACAUCAUGUCAGUAAAAAAAAAACCUGAUCGGGUACAGUUCUGGCAUUUUGAUGCCAAUAGGGUCCUCGUUGUUGUGAUUACUUCCAUUGCUGUGCAGCAAAUAUAGAGUAAACAAAGCAAAACCUCUCCUAUAUUUAUAUUCAGGGGCAUUAUUAUCCCAAAAAUAUUCUGAAAUCAGUCGAAGUGCAUCAAAUAAUCCCUUGGAAAUGCUAUGCUCAGGAAAAGCUGAUGGGUGGAGGAGUGGUUGGAGGAACUCCUUUCAGGGCUGGAAACCUGCUGCAUUCCUCAAAGGCUCACAGAAUCAGUACAUUUUAUUGUGGAUAGGCUUUUUUGCCAUUUGUGUUUGUCUGAGAACAGGAUUUUCCUUCUUUUUUUCAUUGACUGCAAUAAUUAAAGUGACUCAGAACAAACUGAUUAAAUGGUUUAAUCUUCAGGGCUAGGGUCAGGGUUUCAUCAAUAAUAAGCAAGAUGUUAAAAGAAAUUGUAAAAGUAGGGCCGCUUGUGUUUUAGACACCAGUGUCACAAAGUUUCAACAAAUUCAAAAUGUGGAAGAAAAUAACAAAAUCCUCUUUUUCUAAAGGCACACUGAAAGAAUAAGUAUGUAUACAAAUACAUGUGACCAUAAUCUGAAAAAGAAUGGUUGCAUAAUUUAAGGUAUGUAUGACUUCUAUUUUAAAAAACAUAAUUUAUUGCAAAUAAAUAAUUUUUCUAAGCGCAAGUUGGUCUGUAUACUUGAUUGGAUUAUUUCCUGUUUUCAUUUAUAAAGUAAAGUCAUUUUUCAGCUGUGUUGUGACUUCACAAAUGAUCCAAUGUGGAGCUACUUGGGUUUUAUUAAAUGUCUAGUUUCUCUG